UUAUAGGUUGAAAGUCUAGAGGGUCAGUGAGUACCUUUAGAGGGUAGGCCUGUCCUAUAAAAGGAGUUGCACUGACAGAAGGAAAGGAGCAACUCAGAAACUACUGAAAAUGGCCGGAUCUUCACAUCUUCUCCACACCUUGUACCUGGUGCUGUGCCUUGCAGCCAUGGCACUCCUUGCUCCACCAGAGACUGGCCAAGAGAUGCCCAGUGACUCUGUUUUCAACACUGAAGGCACGUCCAUAGAUGCAGCUCGCUACACUGAAGCGGUUCCAAGCAAUGACUUUUCUCUGAACAACAUCUCCAGCACCAUUGAGGAGAUACUUGCAGAGGCUCACGUUGAACGUCAGGGAGACUCUGACCUGAGUUCUCAGACCAGGUCUAAGAGAAGACCAUGUGCCUGUUCGUCGACCAUUGGGGCAUACGGAGGGAGACUGGGAACGGCAUUUGUUGAUGUGCCUACCAAUCACUGUGAUGUCCAAAUCACCGACAUCUGGAUACGCCAUGGUUCCAUUGUCGAUAGUAUACAAGUUCGGUACAGCUUCCCUGGUGGAAAUGUGCAAACAAAGCCUCGCCGAGGGGGAGGAGGAGGAGGGACAGCCACACACAUACGUAUUCCACAGGAUGGAAAGAUCAUGGGCGUAUUUGGAGGGGUUGGGAAUUUUGAAGGGCUAGUAAUAACACAGCUGAGGAUCCUGGUGCUUGAUGCUGGACAACAACCUCUGAUAUACGGACCAUAUGGCUCCAAUGCAGCCACUAAUGCCAGCACCUUUGCAGUUAUUGGAGACAUCAAGUCGAUAUUUGGGUACUACAGGGCAUACCUGGAUGGACUUGGUUUUUUCUAUGUGCCAUGGGGAGUGUGUGGAGGCCUUUGUACACUGAAUACUACACCAGGAUCAGGCUGAAAUGCUAAAGAAAGGGACAAACGACAAACUGAACUACUUGGACGUAGCUGCUAUAGAUUUAAGAUUUGUAUAUACUGGUGUGAGUUUGCAUUAUGUUGGAUGAAUACAUCAGCAUCUGAAUCACAUCACCAUUAGGUAUUCACAACUAUACCAAAAUGCGUUCUGUAGCUCUACACUGCAAGUAUCCGUGUAAAAAAGC